GUGGUGGUGACGUGGUGACUAGUCUAGCCAGUAAUUCGAAUGGGUCAUCACAAACCAACACACGUGUACCAGCUCGUGUACAGUACCCAUCUCGCAGCAAAAAGAAAAAGUUCCUGCAUAAUUCAUGAUUGUGAUCAUUCGCAACUAAGUCAACCCACUACCGCUGGCUGUAGACAGCAGCGAGCGACGAGUCGAGUGACAGUCCAUAAUAGCAUCAUAGCAGUCCACCACAGCAUCACUGUCGAAGCCGGGCCAAUCGAUCAGCCCAAGGCAUAACAUGGCGACCACUGUGAUGAUCCGUUGCUUCCUCUUGGCUGGAUUGGCGGUGGCCUUUGCCAAAGCUCAAGAGUCUUCUACUGUUACGGCUGCUGCAACCACCAACAGCACGGGUACCACGCUCCCAUCAACACCGCUACCGGUACCUAUUAAUACCAGCAGCUAUACCAGCAUCCCUGUGAUUGAUGAUCCCCAUCUAGCAGGACAACAUUUUCGAAUCACUGCAGUAGAACACUCUGGAUACCUUGACAUCAAAGAGGAUCCCGACACUGGAAAACUCAAAUUCUCUGGCUAUCUGAUUGACAUUCUUGAGGAAUUGGCAAAACCUCACAGGGCCAACUUCACCUACGAAUUGACAACUCCCAGUGGAUUUGGGUCUCUUUGCAACCCUAGAUUGACCCUGAAUGAAUCCUAUCCAACCAUAUCAGACCACCCAGAGGCAUUCCACCCUAGGUACCGUGAAAGCCCUGUGUGUGGUGAAUCUGAUGUCAAUGAUCGUCCACUGUCUCAAUACUCAACAGACAUGUAUUGGGGAAUCUUCUAUAUCACAGCAGAACGCCUCAAGGUCAACAAAUUCACCAUGCCUUAUUCACCACCUGACAGUGCAACCAUGGGGAUGAUGGGAACAGCCACUCAUAUCCACAGCAUUCAUGAUCUGGCAGCUUCCAACAAAAAGCAUGCUGUCUGUGCCUUUAGUGGAACAGCAAACUUUGAUCUCUUACAGCUCACAUUUCCUCAACUGGAUAUCCAUGGACUGGAUAUUGUUUGGAUGUCCUUUGCUGGUGACUACCAUGCUGUGAUGGAGAAUGGCACUUGUGAGAUCCUCAUUGAUUCCUAUCCUCUCUUGAAACAAAGGGUACUCGAACUUUAUAACGACAAGAAAUGCCUAGCCAAUGGGCUUCCCAUUGGAAUCAUUGGAGAGCCAUUGGAGUAUGGCCCUCACGCUUUUGCUUUUGGGAUACGAAAUGAUCUCCCAGAUUCACUGGUACAAACUCUAAACUUUUGGAUGGAAGCUCUCAUGGCCUGUUUUCCACAAGACCCCAAUGGGUACUGCCCCAAUGGAGAAGGGAGCAUCAGUCAUCUCUUUGCCUUGCAUGGGGGUAUAGGAAAUGAAUGUGGAUAUGUUCAGUUUCCAGAGCUUGAUCAGGGGGGGUUGCCUGUUGGUGCAAUUGUUGCCAUUGCACUUAUCCCAGUAUUGCUGGUGGUGGUAGUUGGAAUGGUGUAUCACAUGCGCCAACUGAAGCAACAGGAAAAGCGAAUGAAGAAGAGAUUCAUCCAACAACUAGCUCGAAAUAUUGACAUUGGUGACAGUGCCAGACAAAUAUCAGCUCAAAAACUAUCUGAAGCCUUCCAGCACAUUGGUGGUCAAGAGGGCCUCAUCACCAAGGCGGAUCUGGCAAAAUGGAUGAAUGACUUGCACCUGGACUUUCUGAGUGAGCAAGACUUUAACCGCCUUUGGGAUACUAUGGACAUGGAUGGGACUGGCUAUGUGGAUCCCAUUGAAUUCAUUAUUUUCCUGAAUGCUUGUGAAAAGGAAGUCAAAGAAGUUCAUGAGGAAUGGGAUCCUUUGCCAAAAACUGAAAAGAGAAAGCUGGCAUUUCUUCGGUUGUCCAAUAUCAAGGAGCAUGGAGAAGAGGAAGUGAAGAAAAUGCAGCGACGGCAUAACAGAGGUCGCAUGUAGAUGCCUGGCUGGUUUGGCAAAAGGAAAUCCCCUGGGGGAAUCUGGAGCCACAACAUCUGUCUUUUCGGAUUUGUCUCAGUUAUGACGGAUACCUAAAGGGAGGCCAAAAAACACAUGGCAUAGUCGUGCAUAUUGAUAGUUUGAUGCUUCGUACAUAUCUCAUGUGUCCACAUGAAAAACACCUGAUUUUCU